UUUCAAUUACAAAUACUUACUCAGAAUCGACCUAAUUCUUUUAAUAGACUUUUAGAAUCAUUGAAUUCAUCUAUAUACUUUGGUGAUGAAAUUCCUUUGACAAUUAAUAUGGAUAAAGGUGCAAGUCCACAUAUUGUUAAACUAGCUGAUAAAUUUAAUUGGGACCAUGGUUCAAAAAACAUCAGACGUAGAGUAGGUCAAGGUGGUUUGUUACCUGCUGUAGUCGAAGCAUAUUACCCAUACAAUGAUCAUGAUUAUGCAGUUUUGCUAGAGGAUGAUACUGAAUUAUCACCUUUUUAUUAUAUCUGGUCAAAAUAUAUUGUUUUAAAGUACAAGUAUGGUCCUGAUAAGAUACACAGUAAAAGGAUGUAUGGUAUCAGUUUAUACAGUCCAAAACACAUGGAACUUACACUCCCUGGUCGUAAAAAAUUUUAUCCUGAACAAGUAUUCAACAACACAAAAUAUGAUGUUCAGUCACCUUAUCUUUGUCAGGCACCUAGUGAUUGGGGCGGUGUUUACUUUCCAGAGAUUUGGUAUGAAUUUCACCAUUAUCUUAUUGAUCGCUUGGAGGAUGAUAAUAAUAAUUUUAAAGUUCAACCCAUUAGUAUUCCUCAUAGUCGUUCCAAUAAUUGGAAAAAUUCAUGGAAACAGUUUUUUAUUGAACUUGUAUAUCUCCGAGGUUAUGCAAUGUUAUAUCCAAAUUUUAGUAAUUUCACCAGUUUUUCAACAAAUCUUGCUGAAUAUGAUGAUACUCACAUUCGUUUUAGAGAAGGUAAACAUGACCCACUAUCAAUAUUUGGUGUACCACUGAUGACUGAAAAUGUCAUAUUCAAAGAACUUCCUGGUGAGGCUUUAGCGAAUUAUAACGAUCUGCCUGUAUUGGAUUUAUGGGGAAAUUUGACAACAUUUCAUAGAAUAAUAUUGCGUGGUCAUGAAUUUCAAAGUAAAAUUUCUGAUUGCCCACCAAUUGAUACUCCAGAUCCUGCCUAUGAUCCAUAUGAUUUACUUUGUGUUGAUCCAAGCGAGAAAGAUAUAGCUGGAUCAAAAUCUAAGAAGUUUCAAAGGGAUAUCAAAGCAAUGAUGAAGAUGUUCGCAGAGGAUAGAAAUAUGACCAAUGCUGUAGAAAUUAAAAUGGGACCUAGAAAAUACAUAGAUAUAUUUAUGAAUAUAAUGAAUAGCACUAGAGAGGCUAGAGAUCAAUUACAAAAACAACUACAACUACCAUUGCAUCAAGAACAAGAUCAAGACCAACCGAUGCACCAAGAUCCAAACCAAGACCAAUUAAUACAUCAGGACCAAGAACAAGAUCUACAAAUACAUCAAGAUCAACUACGUCAGGAACAAGAACAAGAUAUACGGAUUCAUUAA